AUUUUGUUAAAUUCUCGGAUAGGCUAUGGCGCUCUUCGUUCCCACGGAGUUCCAAGCGCGCCAUACGCGUCUAUACAGUGCGCGCGCUAGGAAAGAUUUCCCUGGAAAAUGCGUCCGAUCGAGGCAAGGCAAUCGUUUUGGUGUUUUCUUUUCACUCCAUUCCAGAGCAGAGGGUUUCAAGGCUGCACGGCGAGAAUGGAGCUCUCUCGCGAUCAAGAGAAGCUAUCAAAGUGUGAUGAACUUAACACUGCCUCUACUGCUGCUUUCAUCCUCUCCCGGCGCGCUGGCGGCACCAAAUCCAACUCAAUCCUCUCAAUCGGCGCAGGAAGUGAUUGCUAGCACAAUGGCCGCUGCCACUGUUCCGGAGCAAAGCAGCCAAGCUUCUCCUCAAUGUGAGAACCUUUGUGAGGAGAGCUAUGGCUUCCUUCCUUGCUCGUCUAACAUCGGCGGGAACCUCUUCCUGAUGGCCACUUUUGGUUGCUUACUUCUCGUAGCUGCGAGAUUUAUCUCCAAAGGCAGUGAAGUCCUUCUCGAGGUGAUGAAUCCAGGUCUGAUUGGUGGUCUUCUUCUACCGAUUCUGGGAGCUCUUCCGGAUACAUUGUUGAUUCUAGCAUCUGGUACAGGGGGAAGCAUUCAAGAGGCGCAGGAGGAGGUGAUGGUUGGAGUAGGCGUCCUAGCAGGCUCCACGACGCUUCUCCUCACGCUUGCAUGGGCUGGAUCGCUUCUGGCUGGGCGCUGUGAUUUGAGUUCUUCCGAUGGAACAGCGAAAGAUGAAGUGCUAACGAAAAAGUACGAUCUUUUCCAUACUGGUGUUACGGUUGAUACGCAAACAAGAUGGGGUGCCUGGAUUAUGAUCGCGUCUGCGCUUCCUCUCAUUUGUGCUCAAGUUCCUCUACUGGAUGGUCAUCCCUCUGAAGGCCCAGAAGCUGCCUUCAUUGGUUCUGCAAUCUCAUGCGUUGGACUUUUUGUUUAUUGCGCAUACCAGGUGGCGUUUCCGUGGUUGCAACAAAAAAGGAUUGAUGAGGCACGCCUUAGAUUCCUCAAAACUCGCGUUUUACAAAAAGUAUCCUCGUACUCGUCCAGAGAGAGCAAGGAAAAGAAGCUUGCGCCAUUCGGGAGAGAAAAGCUGGAAAACAUUUUCAUUUGCUUCGACAAGAAUGCCGACGGGAAAAUCGAAAAAGAUGAACUGGAGGCGUUCAUGGUCGGCCUUGGGAUCGAAACAAACGGGGACACCAUGUCUCGCGAUUUGAUCGACAACUGGCUGAAGGAGUUCGAUGUUGACGCAAACAAAUCCAUUGCUCAACAUGAGUUCGUCGAGGGACUGAACAAGUGGGCUGUGCAAGUCGCAAAAGUGAAGCAUUUACGAGCGUUACACCAACUGGAAACCUCGGACGAGCCGAACUUUUGGGCAGCCAAGUCUGAAGAAGCAGAAAAGGUCUUGCGGCUCCUCGAGCAGGAUAUUGACGAGGUGGAGGAUGAUAAAAGCCAACCUGGAUCCUCGAAGCUGUACGUUGAAGCCAUCCUCUAUCUCCUCUCGGGGAGCUUGCUUGCGGCUGCUUUCGCAGAUCCUCUUGUCAACAGCAUCAAUGGAUUUGCACAGGCAUCACAGAUACCUCCUUUCUUUAUCGCCUUUGUGUUCACUCCACUUGCGUCUAACGCGAGCGAGCUCGUCUCCAGCAUCAGCUUUGCACAAAAGAAGCGGAAGAGAAACAUCUCGCUCACAUUUUCUCAGAUUUAUGGUGCGGUGACAAUGAACAAUACACUCUGCCUUGGAAUUUUCCUUGGCUUGGUGUAUACGAGAGGGUUGACGUGGGAUUUCUCUAGCGAGGUGACGGCUAUACUGAUCACCACAUUCUUUGUUGGUGCGCUCGGGGGAUCAAGAAUGACUUUUCCUUCUUGGCUCUCUCUCCCAGUACUCGCGUUAUAUCCUUUGUCCAUAGCUAGUAUUGCUUUCCUUGAUAAUGUGCUAGGCUGGCAUUAGCCAAGCCAUAUCACUGCGACUAGUUCCUGGGACGAGAGUUUACAAAAAAAAAAAAAAACAGAGAGAGAGAGAUUUCAAAAAGCCCGUUUUUUUAGGGUGUAAAAAUAGUGCAACAAUCUUGUUAAAGGUAAGCAAGGAGGGAGGCAUAUUGGGCAACAAUCUUGCUAAAGGUAAGCAAGGGUUCAUGGAGCUAGAGCAAAAGGAAUUCUCAUGAUCAAGUUUUAAUAAGUUGAAAAGGA